AUGAAAAAGUUUGUUCCAAAAUAUUUACAACAACAAGAACAACAACGAGCUUAUAAUUCUAAAAAUCAAAAUAGACGUCGAACAAGACGUAAACAUUUAAGGAAGACUGAUUGUGACGAAGAUAUAGUUCAUUAUAAUGAUGACGAAAAGGAGUACGACUAUGACGAUGAAAUUGAAGAUGUUGAUGAUAUUGAUCGCAGCAGUGAAAAUCUAAGUAAACAUAAUUUUGUCAUUAAAGAACAAAAUUAUGUAAAGAAGAGAUCUAUCAUGCCUUCACAUAAUUAUGCAGAUAUAAAAGAUAUUUUAACUUAUCAGAAUACAUCAGAUAGUUGUAUAUUUUAUUUAACGUUUAAUUCCAAUAAAUUAAUUGGACCAUUUAUAUUUCAUCCGUAUUUGAAUCAAGAACAAGAUAAAUACACAGAUAUAUUUAUACAAAGUGGAAAAAUAAAUGCCUUUAAUCCUAAAGAUCUUUUAAACAUGAGGAACCAUCGUGAAAUUCCGGUGAAUAAAAUACAAAUUACUGAUCAAAUUCUUGAUGCUGCUUAUGAUUUAGAACGUUUUAUACUUGAUGAAACUAGAAGAAUUCAUUAUCCUAUAAACCAUCCAUAUGUUGAUCAUAAUUUAACACAAAUAAUCAAUGAUUUAAUUGGUAAUACACAAUUUACUAUUACAGCUACACCAGUGGUACAGAACGAAUUAUUUGUAAAAAAUUCAAAAAGUUAUAAAAAGCAAAUAACCAAUCUUUAUCGUGUUAUAGAUGAAUUACGUGAACAAAUAAAUGAACUGAAGGAAGAGAAUAAAAAUUUACGUGCACAGUUAGAAGAAUACAAAAAUUGGGCUGAUAAAAACCGUGAAAAACAAUAUAUUGAAGGUCCGGAUGAAAAAGUCAAUGAAUCGACAUUUACAUGGCAUGCAAAAUUAAACGCUCUUUUAGAUCAAUAUAGAGCAGAAAAUGAAAUUCUAAAAUCUCAUAAUUACACUCUUAAUCAAUCUCAGCAAGCAUUAUGUCAAGACCAUGAGUUAAUGCAACAACAGAACAAUAAAUUGAAACAACAAGUAGAUGAACUUAAAAGAUCACAGAAUCUUAUCUUAGCCAGAUCUCAGUCGGUAUUACGUGAAGAAAGAGAACGUAUGAAUAGAGAACAAGAAGAACUUAGUCGAGAGUUAGCAAAUGUAAAAAAAAAACUGGCUCAGUCACCAACCCAAUGUCCCAUCCAUCAAGGACAUCGACGGUCCAAUAUACCAGUUCCAAACAAUGAUAUUUAUUCUGUUCAUGAUUGUCCAAAACAUCCUAUACUCAGCAAACAAGAUGGAGAACCAACCAGAAUGAAAAGAGUUCGUAUCUGUUCUGCUGCGCAUUCAUCUAGAUUACCAAGAUUGAAUAUCCCUGGUCAGACAGUUAAUGUACCAAUAAAGCGAUCUAAGAAGCCAGAGACUCAAACAAAUUAUAUUUUAAGAAGUGCAGCUUACGCAAAACAAAACGUGAACAGACAAACAAUACAUCAGACGACAAAACCAUCAAAAUAAUUUGUUUCUGUUGUACUUUUCACAUGAUAAUAAAACACAUCACAGAUGAAUUCUCUAUUUUUUUAACCGUUAGAAGACAAUUGACUAAUCAUUUUAAUAGGUUUACCACAGGAUAAUAUAAAGUGAUUUAUGCGUGAAAUAGUAAACUGGAUCUACAGGACAGUUAUCAAAUUGGUACAUUAUGACAGUAACGUAACAAUCAGGUACAUGCUUGAAUAUGAUGCUUUAGGCUUCAGUUGCAAAGUCUUAAUAUGGAUGUAGACUGAACAAGUUCGAUUCACAUAGUUAGAUUAUUAAGUAGGCAAACUGAUGCUAUUUUUAAGACUAAGAUUAUGUACUUACCAAAUUAAUUGUCUUAAGAAAAAACAUGCCUAAACAAGCAAAUAUUAAUAAACCGAGCAACUAACUUGACCCCUGGCAUAAUGAAACAUGUGCACGGAAACAACUUCAUUUCAUGAAAGGAGUUGAAAGGCGAAGUCAGUGACUAACUUAUGAAUUUACCUUUAGAGUAUCAUGAUUUAUUUUUAGCGAUAGUGCGACUAUUAUUUGUCACAAUGAGAUCAAACAAGACAGUAAGAAUCCAAACCUUAUUGGGUUCAGCAAUUUCUGAGAAAUCUCUCUUAAAGCUAAAUAAAUGUGAUGUAAUCCAUCAGGUAUAACUAGGAUGAAGCGAAGUUGUUUGAAAACUCAAUUAUUAAUAAACGGUAGGUAGAUAUUUACCGCCUAUAUAUAUAUAUAU